CACCUGACGAACAUGUUCUCCUGUUGUGUGCCCGUGUCCCGCGGCUGUCGGCUCGGGGGAGCCCGCGGCCGCGACCCUUCCCGACCCUGGAGACAGUGGGUCAGGUCGUCCACAGGACGCCUCAGGUCUCUAGCUCGCAGGGACCCAAAGAAAUCAACCGAUGAACUCGGGAGGCGACUGUCGGAAUCCCGAUUCACCUGUCCUACAGAGUUGUGCGAGUGCCCCGUCGCCCAGGAGGGCCACCCUGGACCCAGGGAGAGAGUGGCUGCACGGAGGUCUCGGGAAGCAGGGCCUGGAGUUGGCCUGAGAAGGCCUCCUUCACCGCCCUGGCCCCUCCACAGGGUCCUGGUUCACCGGUCCUGGGAUGAGGACCCGGAGCCCCUGGAGCCAGAGCCCGAGGGUGAGAAGGCUGGGGUGGGAGAUGUGUGUUCACGGGGCCCGGGCGGUGCUGGGCCACCCAGGGAGGAGCCCCCGGGGGCUGGUGUGGGGCCAGGAGCAGAGACUGAGAGCCCCGGGCUGCGGCCUGCAGGGGGGCAGGGGUCCUGGUGUGGGUUCCUGGCCGCGGCUUCUCGGGGAGGCUCUGGGGUGAGCUGUGUCUCUGCAAAGGCCCCUGGAGAGGCUGGCGCUGGUGUGAGGUGGGACCUUCCCUCUUCUCACCCUGACGCCUUGGAGCCACUGCAACCAUCACUCUGUUUCCUUCUCAAGAGUCCGGGGCAGGAGCAGAAGCCGGUGCGGCUCCAGAGCCCGACCCAAGGGCAUCGGGGUCCUCGGAGCCUCUGCAGGCAGGGGUGGAGUCUGGAGCGACUCCUGCAGGGGCCUGGGAGCCAGCAAGUGACCUGGGACCUGUGCGGGGACAGCAGGCAACUGAGCAGAGUCAGCUGGGUCCUGCUUCUGCUCCCGCUUCUCCUGGUUCCACCGUUCCUGCCUCUGAUCCCAACACUGUUCCUGCCACUGCCGUUCUCCCCGCCCCUGCCCCCGCCCCUGUCAACGCCCUUCUCCCUGCCCCUGCCCCCGCCCUUGCUCCCACAUGGAUGCCAGUCACAAAUCAAGGGCCUGAAGGCCUACACGGGGUGUUUACUUUACUUUACUUUUGUUAUAUUUUAUUUCAAAUUUAUUCUCCAAUCCCUGACCCCGACCCCCCACCAGAAUAUCUCUUCCUCUUCUCCCUUAUACUUUUUCUCUUCUACUUUUUAGCUGUUACUUUAUUUGUUCAUUAGUUAUAAUCUAUAGUAAUCUUCAAUAAAAAGUUUUAUUUA